CAUGAGUAUAUAUAUAUAAUAUAUAUAGUAAGGCAAUAAACAAGCUGAUCCCUUAACGCAUAAUCCAUCCAUCCAUCAAACACCUCCAUCCCAACAAAAAGAAAAGCAAAAGAGAAGAGGGAGACAAGAAUAAUGGCGAGGAUGUCAGCAGUAGUAAUGGUUACAACCCUUCUGCUAGCAAUUUGCACCAUGUUUUGCUGCCUCCUGCAGGUUAUAAGCUGCAUUGAUGAUCCAUUAUGCGCAGGAGGUGACAGCACGGGGAGGUGCAGCCCAGAUCCGCUCCCCGAGCCGUCCGCCGUCCUUCAAGCUUCCAUAUUCGGCGAUUUCAGGUUGAAUCAAUUUCGAGACGGCAGCAUUACGGGUUGCUACGUUAGAGAUUUCUACGGUGUAGAUGGUACUAAGUACCACGCGUACGCCAAUUUCAACUGCGACGGCACGCCUAGCGACGAUUGCCGCGACUGUUACCAAAAGGGCUUUGCCCGCCUGCACGAUGGGUGCGAAGGCCGAGCCGGAGGAACUGUCUUGUUGGACAAAUGUUGUGUGAGGUAUGAGACGGCUUACGACUUCUGCACCUAGCUAGCUAGCUAGGUUUGGGUUGGCUCAUCCUGCACCAAUUUUCGUCGCGAAAAGCGUUUUUUUUUUGGUGACGGAUUUCAGUCUUUCUGCGACGAAUUAGAUUGUCGCAAAAAAAGUGAAGUUUCCUGUAGUGUUAUAAGAGUCUUUUGUGCUACGAUCCAAUCGAGUAGAGUGCUCAAUGUGUUGAAAGUAUGUUGUGUACUCGAUGAAGAAAGGGUUCUUUCUAUUCUUAACGAAUGGUUUAUGUAGUAUUCAAUGGCAUGCAAGAUCCGACGAUCGAGUCGAGACGAUGUAAAAUGCACUACAGAAAGAAUGGGCGUUAGCGAUGGUAGAAACCAGGUGUUCAUUGUACAAAAUCCGUCGACGGACCGAUCGAGCCCCUUACUAUAAUUAGGCUUUAGCAGUAAAACUGUAAAAGUCUGUAAUGACAGAAAAUUUAUAACUGGUUGUCAAAGUUUUGGCGAGAAUAGUAGGGUUGUUAGCAAGUUCGGUUCAAUUACAAUCGUAGUGGUUUAUUGGGUUAAUCGUUAUACAAUUUUUGUUUAUCGUUAACCGUGCCAUUUGUAUUAGUAGGUUAUCGAUUAUUAUGUCGGUCAACUGACUAACCAUCUAUCAAGCAAUUCGAAAAAAGGUUAAAUCAAAAUUAACGAUCAAUAAUCGAAUGAACAGAAGGGCUCGCCCUCAGCUCUUAGUUUUCAAUUGUACGUGCAUUCUUGUAGAUUUUCUCGUACAUAUACGUAUGUUCUUCUUUUUCGAAAGAAGUUAUUGGUGAUAUGGGUUCAAAGAAGAAUACUGGAGAAAACCACGGUCGAAGAAGUUAUUAGUGAUAUGGCUUCCCAUCUAAAAUACAGGAUCCUAAAUGAUUGGCAAUUUUAGCGGUACAGAACGGUUGAACCAUAGUUUUGAUACAAAAUGUUAGAGAUAGAUUAGGAAUAAUCUUAUAUUUCCUUGUCCUUCUAGUAUAGUUAUUAGUAUUUUCAUGUCCUUUUAGUAUUGUGGUUCUCUUACUUAUUGUCCAAGUCUUGUAAUCUAUAUAAAUCACUUUGUGGUUUCAUAAUAAAACAAGCUACAAAUUACUAUUUCUAAAACUCCUAUACAAAAUACCUUACUACUGACUUUGUUUAUAAACAUUUUGAGUUGCAUAUUAAAAAAUUUAUGCAUUGAUGGUGACUACAAGUUUUAGCCACAAAAACAGAAGGUUUAGCUAUAAACUUCACUUUUAAAGUUCGUCCGGCAAAAUUUAUGUUGCGGAGCUAAACUUUAUAUUUCUUGUAUAAGUUCUGUUAAUUGGUGACAAAAAAUGAUAGUCUCUCAUUCUCACAACAAAAUAUCGAUGUAGCAACUGAACUUAGUCUUUAGCUACGAAAGUUAGAACUCUUUGAGCAAUGCAAAAUAAUACCUUAAGACGGUU